AUGGCGGCUGCUCCGCCCGAGAGGUCAGUCCUCUCACUCCUCAACGGCAUCAGCCCUCGCCUGUCGGUCCAGGAGCUGGAGGUUGUUCCCUCAGCUCGACUACAACGCUUGUACAAUGUCAAGGUCACCGAGGGACCUAGCCUCUUGCUGGCUCUACCUCCCCCUACUGUCAUGCGACUACUGCGUUCAGAAAAGUCAUCUAUCGGUUCGGAGGCUGCCGUGUUAAAGUGGCUUUCUGCUGUCGCCAGGGAGAAGAGGACAAGUCCAGCAUCAGGCUCUAAGGAGACACUAGGCAGGACCACGGGGGACUCAUCAACCAGUGAACGGACGACCCAUUCUCUCUCAGGAUAUCUACCCAUAUUAGUCCGGCACGAAUCAACAGGUGGCGGUCUAGCAACCGAGUACAACCUCAGUCGACCAUCACGGGGUGUAGCAGUGUCUGCCCUCUCAAGACCCCUAACUCACCGCGAACGGAGGAUUGUGGACUUUCAAGUUGGUCAACUACUCCGUCGGAUAUCAACACAGGUCUCACCAACGAGGAGAUUUGGCAUCGCCGCCGAUGUGCUGUCGGUACCGCCUUCGGUCGUUCACAACCCAGCGAGACGCCUUGAGGGCGGGUUACACGAGUCGAGGGGUGCUGAAUCCUGGAGGGUGGCAUUUCACAACCUGAUGGAGGCCAUCCUACGAGACGGGGAGGACUUGACUAUUAUGCUCAAUUAUAGUACUAUCCGACGACACUUUUACCGUUUCGAACACCUACUUGACGCAGUGACGGAGCCGAGGCUGGUUGUCUUGGAUGCUGGAGAGGACUCGAAUACGCUGGUGAUACGGCCAGGUGAUGGGAUCAACAGGAGCCAAGCAAAACUAAUAUCGGUACGGAAAACCUCAGGAAGUCCGGAACGGGUGGGGAUACGAUCGGAAGACGAAAGGGCAGUCGAGUCGGAUGAUGAAGACGAAGGGGAGGAGGAGUAUACAAUCAGCAAGGGGCAGAUCGAGGUAACAGGCUUACGACAAUGGAGCAAUUGUAUAUUUGGAGACCCUCUUCUCGCCUCAGUCUUUAGCAAACGGCCACGACCUUCGCAGGACUUUUGGCGUGGAUUCGACAAACCAAUCCCAGGAGAUGAGAGAGAGCCAACCCUCAUCGAGGACACCCCCAACGCCCACAUCCGUCUCCUACUAUACGAGUGCUACCACGCCGUCGUCUCGCUCGUGGGCGAGUUCUACCGUCCUCAAAACGACGGCGGGAAGCGCGAGCUGGCUGCGCGGAAGCACCUCGGCGGAGUGUUGGCCCGGCUGGAGGAGCUGGACGAUUCAGGGGGUCAGCGACGCAGGCGCAUGAGCGGCGAGAUGUCGCCCGCCAAGAGGCCGCGGUCUGGAGAGGAUGAAGAUGAUAGUGAUGACUAA